CGAAUAGAGGCAUGGGCAUGCUGUGUGAAUCCAUGUGUAGACGUAUGGGAGCAUUCUCCAUUCGAGGAAUGACACGUGAAACGUUAUUGGUCCAUUCCAGCUGCAGCAUCAUGUGUAGCAUCCAUGCUGUGUGUGCGUCCCCAGUGUUUGUGUUUGCGUACCUGUGAAUGCGUUUCCUUGUCUUUUUUUCUGUUACAUGUUGACCACGUCGACAAUGUCAUCAUCUCAGGGGUCACAAGAACCAAACGAUUGCAGGAUUAUUCUGGGUUUUUCAUGUCGAGAGGGUCCAGCAGCGGUUCCCGUGGAGACCAGGUCACGGUUUCCCUCCAGAAUAGAAGCUGUUAUUUGGCUUUAGACUUUUUUUUUUCUGCUGUUGAAAACACAGUGUUAGUGGUCAUAUUCAGGCCAUUGAAAAUAAUGUUGCUCUUGACGACCGGAGUCCUGCAAAAACUGCUGUUUUUACUGUGCAGUCAGAUCUCUGCACCAUUUCCAAAAUUAAUAGACCAGUAUGGCUUCGAAAGCAGAGAGCAAUAUCUAUAUUUAGAGAGGGCUUCCUGGAGAAGUGCGACUGUGUGUGCGCGCGUGCAUGUGUGUGUCUCCACCUCUGUCUCAUGUCUUACAUUUAAUGCAAUCUUGCAUUCUGUCCAGCGAUUUGAUGAAUGGGGCUUCUGGCUGACUGACAUAGAGAUCGGGCUGUCGUUCUGUCCACCAGGGAGGAAUCAAUUAUCUGUUGCUGGUGGUUCAGGGGUCACGAGUGGCCCAUCAGCAACGCAUUGAUCAACACGCUCAACAGCCUUGAGGGAGAAGUGUGUGCAUGUUUCUGCCAUCAUUUGCACAGUUGCUUUUUUACAUAUCUGGUCAUUCAUUUACUGCAUGAAGACUAAAUGGCAACAUAGUUAUUAUCUUCUCUUCAUAGACACAUUGUGAACACUGCUCGUCCAAACAUCGAGCACUGUCCGGUAAAAUGUUUAUCAGCGUUCCUCGUUCUGGGCACCGUUGUCCCGCCGCCGCUCAGCCGAUCCACAAGAGCAGCUGGAGGUCAAGUGCUUCUCUUGAGGGCAUCUUGGAUUUAACAAUCUGCAAAAGGAAGAUAUUACGGUGUCACUGCAUUUUUUUUUAAUAAGCAUUGCGGUUCAAGCUAACGCUUUCUGUCCCCUUUAGUCAGGCACACAUUUAUGCUAAAGACACUAAACUUUUUCACGAAUACGCCUCAAUUAGAAAACGAGGCGUGUUUAGUUUAAAUGUGCUCUGCAGGUAUAAAGGAGAGGAGAAUUCGCACCCUGGUCACACCGAGCCACAUAAAAAUGCUGCAGGGAGGAGAUGGAGAAAGCAACAUUAGCAACCUGGACCCAGACAACACCGGUUUCAUCGCAGUGGAGAACUUCACCAGCUUGGUGGAGCACCAUGAGCUGCAGCUGGACCCGUCCAAACUGGACAUGCUGUUAGCCCUGGUGCAGAGCAAUGAAGAGGGGCAGGUGUGCUACCAGGAGCUCAUCGAGCUGAUGAGCAGCAAGCGCUCCAGCAGCUUCCGCCGGGCCAUCGCCAACGGCCGCCGCACGCUGCAGAGGGAGAUCCUGCUGGACGAGACGGGCCUGGGUCUGUACAAGCGCUUCGUCCGCUACGUGGCUUACGAGAUCCUGCCCUGCGAGACGGACCGGCGCUGGUACUUCCACCAGAACCGCCUGUGUCCCCCACCUGUCUUCAUCGCCGUCGUCACCAUCGUGCAGAUCAUCGUGUUCAUGUGCUACGGCAUCAUGCUGAACAAGUGGGUGCUGCAGACCUAUCAGCCCGACUUCAUGAAGAGCCCCCUGGUCUACCAUCCCGGCCACCGCGCGCAAGUGUGGCGCUUCUUCAGCUACAUGUUCAUGCACGUUGGGUUGGAGCAGCUGGGGUUCAAUGCUUUGUUGCAGCUGAUGAUUGGGGUUCCUUUGGAGAUGGUCCAUGGCAUCUUACGAAUAAGUCUGCUCUACAUGGCAGGAGUGCUGGCCGGCUCGCUGACCGUGUCCAUCACCGACAUGCGUGCUCCGGUGGUGGGGGGCUCCGGGGGAGUCUACGCUCUGUGCUCAGCGCAUCUGGCCAACGUCGUCAUGAACUGGGCCGGGAUGCGUUGUCCCUACAAGCUGCUCCGCAUGAUCCUGGCGCUGGUUUGCAUGAGCUCAGAGGUGGGUCGGGCCGUCUGGCUUCGCUUCUCGCCCCCGCUGCCCUCCUCUGGGCCCCAGCCCAGCUUCAUGGCCCACCUGUCGGGGGCCGUGGUGGGCAUCAGCAUGGGGCUGUUGAUCCUGCGCAGCUACGAGGAGAGCCUGCAGAAGCAGUGCUCCUGGUGGGUCAUCGUCUUCUCCUUCAUCACCUUUCUCCUCUUUGCCAUCUUCUGGAACAUCUUUGCAUACGAGCUGCUGGGGGUGCAGAUACCCCCUCCUCCCUGAUGAAGGCCCCGCCCCGACAGCCCCCUCCACAUUCACGAUGACCCCCACCCUGCUCCAAACAAAGGUUCCCCUUGGAACACAGUUAGCGUUUCCUCUCACGUUAGCCCCAAAAGGAUAUGAAAUCAUUCGAAACUAAAACUCCUUUUUUACAGAUACUUUGCAGAUCAAAGAAAUAUGUCUCUUUUAUUAAAGAGGGAUUACGGUAGCAACGAGUACAUGUGAAAGUCCCUCAGAUCCAUUUUGAAGAGCAUAACAUCUUUUUUUAUAUACGUUGAAAACUCACGUGACCAGCACUAAACUUUAAACGAACGUCUUUGCUUUUGGAGUUGAUGACCUGCGGGCGGAUAGAAUAGUUGAUGCCUGAAAAUGCUUCAAAUCACAGCAGCAGCUGCUUUAAAAUGACAAACCGAAGGAGCGUUUUGGAAAGAGCACAUUUAUUUCUAGAUGCAGCCGCCACAGAACACAGAACAUGAAGUAUGAUUGCUGAUGUGGAUUUUUUUAAUUCACCGCCUGCUGAAACCCAAUUAACAGAACCUUUAUCAAAUUGUGCUGCUAAGCAGGAUCUCCUGCCCGAUUAUAGAACAAUAGUCAAAAUUCUUUGCUGUGCAAAUGGCUUUCUGGGAGCAGAUACAGGAAGAGUGGAGGAAUAAAACGCUUUUUAAAAGAACACAUGUGGAAUACCUUAAAGGCAUCGCUGUCAUUUUCAUUUCACGGGGUCUUAACUAAUUAAAAGGCAUCCAUUUUUAUUUCCAAGACUUAACACCUGCACACCUAAGUUUCCUGGACGGUCUGGAACUUGUUGCCGUGUCAAACUUAAACUCCAACUCGCCCGGCGCGCCGUGUAAAAUACGCCAUGUCAUGCUCUGUGGCUCUCAGCGACACACACACACACACACACACACACUCACACACACAAUACUGGCCUCUGCCUGUUCUCGCUCUGACAGACUGAACUGGGGAGGGCAAAGGAUGUGUCAUCACCUGACCUCUGACCUUUUUGUCCCAAAGGGCAUGUGUCUCCGUCAGGCCCGGUCUAUACCUCACUUCUCAUUCUAAGGGACUGUAUACUUUUGUAAAGGAAUGUACCUAUAAAGAAAAGAAAAAGGUGUUAAUGAGCUGUCCCCUUUUUUGAUUUGAUUGUGGAUGUGUAUAAUGUACGUUCAUAACCCUGAGUAUAUUUAUUUGUGUUUCUUUCCUCUUUGAGAGGGAAGAAAAGAGUUUCAAAUGGUGCAAAUGUCAUUCUACGAUUGUUCUGAUAAAUCCUUUGAUCCUCUGAAAAGUAGUAUUUGUUGACAACCGAUUGGCUCAAGCUUGAUUUUAUAAAUCUUCAGUUCUUUACAAAAAUAAGCCAUAGAAAGAACUAAUUGGUAAGAGAAGAUGGUUGUCGGUAGCUGCAGUGACACUUCAUUUUAUUUUGAGUGCGAUCAAACAUCAUUUGUUGAUUGUGAAUAUUCGACAGGUAAACGAAGACAAACUGCGAGUACGAGUCUGUGAAACUCUGCACUGAUAUUUUCACGUAGCGAAACUCAUUUUACAGCUUGUUUGCAGCUUCAUUUUACAGGUGCCCACAUAUCACUCCGUCCGCUGCAGCUCGUCUUUAGCAAAUAACAAAUUAUGGACAGAGCUUCUGUCAUACAUUAUCUCCAGUGACUCAAGCUUUAUAGAGAGCUGAGGCGAAGAGGGCGAUUCCACUUACUCACGCCACUGACUUCCAAUCAAUAAUUCAAUUCAAUGUCCACUUGCUCACAGAGGGGAAAAAUGUAUGCGCUUGCCAAUUUUUAUAGUUAGUUAUAAAUACAUUCCUCUGCAUUUGCUUCCUCGUGAAACUGUCAGAAGUAACAAGACUUUGUGUGAAAUGAGGAAAUCCGUAUUAAAUAGCCAGAAAAGGCCGUUUUCAGUGGCAUUAAAAAAUAAAAGAUCAGCCAAUACAUGGUAAUGGAUCCAUGAUAGAACUCCUGCGCAUACUUGGAAAUAUUAUUGCUUGGCACAGCAAAGAUGCAGCGAUGAAUAAUUCAUACCCUGUUAGCCUGUAAUAAAGAUAGAGAGGAGGUUAACGCACCGCCUCCCCUGAAGAUUCAUAGGAACCAAACAGGUUUGUAAAAAGUGCUGGUGAAUGUUUUUCGGAACACAUAAACUGUGAAUAUUUACCCCUCUUGGAAGUACAUGAACGACACUGAACUAUGGAGGUGAAAUGGCUGGUUUUUAUUUAUUUAUUUAUCUUCUCAGAAAAGCAGACAAGAGCAUCGUAAACAGAAGACAAUGUGCUGUAUGUGUAACCUAAAUGACCAGGUGCAGGGAAUAAAAAAACCCUCCUGUCUCAUAAAAGCCUUCUCCCGCUCUUCAGGGAAAUGGGUGAUUGAGGCCUGACUGGCACCGUUUGGCUCGACGGUACGCGGCGGUUUGUAGUUUGGGAGGGAUGGCAGCGCAGCAGAUACGACAUUGCUUAAAAUGUUAAAAAGUUUUUAAAAAUAAUUUAUAAAGAGCCUCUGCAGCGUUCCCAGUGUCGGGAUGAUGCGCGGCUGUUGCCGGGAUACAGCGGAGCCUAAACAGGACAUCUUCCUUCAAUAAGUGGAUCUGACAAGCUGCAUGAUGUUAAUCUCAUUGCUGCCGUUUGAGUGACACAUUUGUUUUCGACCGUAUAGGAGAGGUGGCGUGAGCUGAGUGGGAGCAGACUAUUAAUAACAUGUGAUCCAUCACUUCGUAUAAUCCCCCCCCUCCCCCUCCCCUUGGUGGGUCUCUAUACAGCUAUGACUGCGAUAUGAGGUCAUUCUAAAAGGUCAAAGCCGUUGCAUCGGAGUCUCACGUGACCACACGAGCUGCAAGAAUGCAACAGACUUGACAGGUUUCUUAUAUUCUUGUUCCUGUAUUUUGUCAUAUGUGGGCCUUUCCUUUUGCACCUAUGAUGUACUUGACUGACAUGUUUCCAUGUGCCAUAUUCUCUACUGCCAUAAACAUUCGUUGAUGCUCUUUUUUUUUUUUUUUGUACCUCCCAAUGCCAAUCCAUCUUGCUGUUAUGCCCAAUGCCUUGUUCUCAUAUCUGCGCCCGAUGCUAAACACCACUUUGCGUUAGCUGGCAGCUGUUUGGUGUUUUACUUACGUGAUCAUGCACACAAUCUAUAUGAGACAUUGAUAUUAGUAAAUAUAAAUACAGUAGUACAACAAGAUGGCCAGGUUGCCUUUUCUUAGUGUUUGUGGCUACUUAGAUAUCUCCCUGCAGGUAAAGCGGGAUAUUAAACCUGGACUUUGGAACUUGAAAUGAUGGUUCAAGGUUCCGACGCCCCCAAAGGUGCAGAUGUUUGGCUUUAGUUCUGAGAAUACUCUGGAUAUUGAUGCAUUAAAAAAGUUAAAUGUGUUAAGAUUUAGAUUUUGGGGGUAUGUUUUCUAGUUUGGAACAGAGAACAAGUUUUCAAGUCUUAUCAAAGUUAAGGAUCAUUUUUAUUUUCCCCAAAAACUGCCUGAGCCACUCGGUGUCAUGCAAAUAUCAACAGGAAGUUUCCUAAAAUUACUAAUUUCCCUCUGAAGGUUUAGAAGUAAAGAAAAUAAAGUAAUAUCUGUGCUGUUGUUAGAUUUUCAUGAGUUGCUUACUUGAAUUGAUAAAAAAAAAUGGUGCCAAGCCAACUCGGUUCAAUCUCUCAGACCAGACGGGAGAUUUACCAACGCAGCGUUUACAAAAAGAAAAAGAAGCUAUUUUUCUCGGGCAUCAGGAAACUAAAGGAAAACUAAAUUAAAUAUGGAUAAUUUAUAUCAAAGUCAUUAAUUAUUUCACAAUCUACUGUACUUUUUAAAUGUUCUGAAGGGAACCAUUUUAUAUUGUGUAUAUAUAUGAAUAUAUUGUUUUAUUUUGUACUGUCCAUUGUACUUGGCUUUAAUUUAGAAACUAUAAAUAAAGAACAAUACUGUGGCAAUGUCAAACUGCUGUUUUUAGUGUUUCAGCACAAAACCAUUAUUGUGCUGCAACUUACAACUGUAUGUCUAAACUACAUGAUACCAAACUAAAAAAUGCAAAUACUCAAUGUAGUCAAUUUUAUAUGAAGGCUUUAUUAUGGAAAAAAACAAAAUAAACUGACAAUAAAGCAAAUUUAAUGUAAAAAUA